AUGUCUAAGAAUAGUUCUCUACAUUAUUAUGAUGAUGGAGAUAUUAUAAUUGUCAUUAAGGACGUUUCGAUUUGCGCACACAAAAGAUAUCUAUCCAUGGCCUCAAAAAUCUUUUCCGACAUGUGUUCAUGUGCUACAGCAAUUAACGGACAAUUACCCAUCAUAUACCUCGACGAAGAAUCUGCGAUCACGUUCGAGGAGUUAUUAUCAUUUCUAUAUCCCAGUCAAUAUGUGCGCAUCACUUGGAAUAACAUUGAACCAUUCCUUCAAUUGGCAGAUAAAUAUGAGAUCAAUAUCGUCACUCAUGCCUCCGAAGAUUUCCUGGAACAUCAUUAUGAGGACUUCCCUUUGAAAUCUUUGAUCAUAGCCGAUUUUUUUAAAUUUAACAAGGUUUACAAGGAAUCUUCAAAAUUGGUUUUAAACAGGCUACUAGAUUAUAGGAAGCACGAGGACUUCAAGCGAUUAUCUUUUCGAACCGUCGCGGCUCUACAGUCAAGAUAUUUGGAUUAUAUUACUGCAAUUGGAAAUCUGGGAAAUUUUAAGCCACUCGAGGGUUUCACUCAUGACCUUUUAUGCAAUCGUCAUUCUCAUGAGGAGGAUUUUACGCAUGCACUCGACGGACUGAUUAAAAAAACUAAAGUGUGCCCUGCACCAGCGCCUUCGACAACUUUUAAAUCAUUUUUGUCUCCAGGUUUUUCGAUGGGACCGCGGACGUGCAGUAAAAGCUUUAUUGAGAUAUACAAAAUGAAGUUCAAAGCAUUUUUUGGACCAAUGGAACCGUUAGAAAACGAAAAACGAAAAGCUGAUGCUAGCUACUACAUAUUUAUUGAGCCUAUGAGUCGAACAUGA